AUGUACGAUUGUCCCCCAGAGGCAGCAGUUUACAUGGUUGCUGACUUGCAUGAGAGAGCAGAAAAAUCAAAGGGUUUUGUCCUUCCAAACAUGAGCCUCCAGAGCCGGCUGAUAUUCAGAUUGAUGGUGCUGACCCAGGUCCACCCUCCCACCAGGAUCUCAUCCAAGGUCAUGAGUGUUAUGAAUUCCUUCAUUGCCGACAUUUUCGAGUGCAUCACCUCUGAGGCUUCGCAUCUCAUUCACUACAACAAGCGCCAUACCAUCUCGGCCAAGGAGAUUCAGAGUGCUGUGCGCUUCAUGCUGCCAGGGAAACUGGCCAGACACACCAUCUCCGAAGGCACCAAUGCCGUCACCAAAUACACCAACUCUGUUUAG